AUGGUUUAUAUCCCCGAACUACGAACACACGCGCAAAAAGUAUGCAAUCUGUACAAGAAAGCGAUGAGGCAAAUUGAAUCAUAUUAUGGAGCAAGGAACGUUGUACGCUAUCACCAAGUCAUCUUGCGAAGUCGUUUCGAUGCCAACAAAUAUGUAACUGACCCUAAAGAUAAACGUCGACUAUUUUGGGUGGGAGAACACGAACUGUUCAUGACGCAACAUCCUGUGCCAAUCGCUAAAUUUUCCAAAUCAAUCGGUGGGGUGGCUUACGGCCGCUUUGUGGAACCACCAGAUUGGGUCUUAGAUUAUUGGCAUCCAUUAGAAAAGGCACAGUACCCUGAAUAUUUUAAAAAACGUGAAGAAAGAAAAUGUGAAUAUAUGGAUAAAUGGUGUAAAGGAAUAUUAAUG